AGGGCUACACAGAGAAACCCUGUCUGGAAAAACCAAACCAAAACAAAACAACACUAUUAACAUUAGGGUAAAUUAUUAAGUGUACUGGCCUUGCCGGCUAGUCAAGCUUAGAAUCUUGCUUUUUCUUUUUCUUUUUAAUUUUUAAAACUUACUUUUAUAUGCAUUGGUAUUUUGCCUGUAUGUAUGUCUGGGUGAGGGUGUUGGAUCUCCUGGAACUGAGCCAUGGACAGCUAUGAGCUGGGAAUGGAACCCUGGGUCCUUCGGAAGAGCAGACAGUACUCUUAACCUCAGAGCCAUCUUCUCUCCAACCCUCGGAAUCUUGGUUUUUUUACUUGUAUAGUAGCUGUGUCUUUUCCAUCUCUCUAUGUCCCAGUCCCUUACCUGUUGAGCGGGAAGGCUGCUGCCCCCUCUGGAGAGUUUUAUCAGGAUGUGGGGCAUAGAGAACAGAGCUGUAGGAACUGCUCAGGGAAUAAGCCGCUAUGGUGGCUGUGGCCACAACGGUGGUAUUAAUACCCGUGCCCCUUCCUCCCAGCAGCAUGUCAUGGUUUAGUGGCCUCCUGGUUCCCAAAGUGGAUGAACGGAAGACGGCUUGGGGCGAACGCAACGGGCAGAAGCGCCCACGCCAUGGGACUCGGGCCAGUGGCUUCUGCGCACCCCGCUACAUGAGCUGCCUUAAGGAUGCAGAGCCCCCCAGCCCCACUCCCGCGGCUCAGGCUCCUCGGUGCCCCUGGCAGGAUGAGGCCUUCAUCAGGAGGCCUGGCCCAGGCAGGGGGAUGGAGCUGGGGCUGCGGUCGGUGGCCUUGGGUUUUGAUGACACUGAGGUGUCACCACCGCUGGCGACGGCUGAAGUGGCACCAGACACAUCGCCUAGGAGCGGCCGGUCCUGCUGGCACCGGGUGGUGCAGGUUUUCCAGUCGAAGCAGUUCCGCUCGGCCAAGCUGGAGCGCCUGUACCAGCGGUACUUCUUCCAGAUGAACCAGAGCAGCCUCACACUCCUCAUGGCAGUGCUGGUGCUCCUCACAGCCGUGCUCUUGGCCUUCCACGCCGCACCCGCCCGGCCUCAGCCUGCCUAUGUGGCCCUGCUGACCUGCGCCGCCACCCUGUUCGUGGCGCUCAUGGUGGUGUGUAACCGGCACAGCUUCCGCCAGGACUCCAUGUGGGUGGUGAGCUACGUGGUUCUGGGCAUCCUAGCGGCUGUACAAGUCGGGGGUACCCUAGCGGCCAGCCCACACAGCCCCUCUGCGGGCCUCUGGUGCCCCGUGUUCUUCGUCUACAUCACCUACACGCUCCUUCCCAUCCGCAUGCGCGCCGCAGUGCUCAGCGGCCUGGGCCUUUCCACCUUGCAUCUGAUUUUGGCCUGGCAGCUCAACCGCGGCGAUCCCUUCCUCUGGAAGCAGCUCGGUGCUAACGUGGUGCUCUUUCUCUGCACCAACGCCAUCGGCAUCUGCACACACUACCCUGCUGAAGUGUCUCAGCGCCAAGCCUUUCAGGAGACCCGAGGCUACAUCCAGGCUCGGCUGCACCUGCAGCAUGAGAAUCGCCAGCAGGAACGGCUGCUGCUAUCGGUGUUGCCCCAGCAUGUUGCCAUGGAGAUGAAAGAAGACAUCAACACGAAAAAAGAAGACAUGAUGUUCCAUAAGAUCUACAUCCAGAAGCACGAUAAUGUCAGCAUCCUAUUUGCGGACAUUGAGGGCUUCACCAGCCUGGCCUCCCAGUGCACUGCGCAGGAACUGGUCAUGACCUUGAACGAGCUCUUUGCCCGGUUUGACAAGCUGGCUGCGGAGAAUCACUGUCUGAGGAUCAAGAUCUUAGGAGACUGUUACUACUGUGUGUCAGGGCUGCCCGAAGCCCGGGCAGACCAUGCCCACUGCUGUGUGGAGAUGGGAGUGGACAUGAUCGAGGCCAUUUCGCUGGUGCGUGAAGUGACUGGUGUAAACGUGAACAUGCGUGUGGGCAUCCACAGUGGACGUGUGCACUGCGGCGUCCUUGGCCUGCGGAAAUGGCAGUUUGAUGUGUGGUCCAAUGACGUGACCCUGGCCAACCACAUGGAGGCUGGAGGCCGGGCCGGUCGCAUCCACAUCACUCGGGCCACGCUGCAGUACCUGAAUGGGGACUAUGAGGUGGAGCCAGGCCGCGGUGGUGAACGCAACGCGUACCUCAAGGAACAGUGCAUCGAGACCUUCCUCAUCCUGGGCGCCAGCCAGAAACGGAAAGAGGAGAAGGCCAUGCUGGCCAAGCUGCAGCGGACGCGCGCCAACUCCAUGGAAGGGCUGAUGCCACGCUGGGCACCUGAUCGUGCCUUCUCCCGGACCAAGGACUCCAAGGCGUUCCGCCAGAUGGGCAUUGAUGAUUCUAGUAAAGACAACCGUGGUGCCCAAGAUGCUCUGAACCCUGAAGAUGAGGUGGAUGAGUUCCUGGGCCGUGCCAUUGAUGCCCGGAGCAUCGACCAACUGCGUAAGGACCACGUGCGCCGGUUCCUGCUCACCUUCCAGAGACAGGACCUUGAGAAGAAGUAUUCGCGGAAGGUGGACCCUCGCUUCGGAGCCUACGUCGCCUGCGCCCUUCUGGUGUUUUGCUUCAUCUGUUUCAUCCAGCUCCUCAUAUUCCCACACUCCACCCUAAUGCUUGGGAUCUACGCCAGCAUCUUCUUGCUGUUGCUGGUCACUGUGCUGAUCUGUGCCGUGUGCUCCUGUGCUUCUCUCUUCCCCAAGGCCCUGCAGCGCCUGUCCCGCACUAUCGUCCGCUCACGGGCGCACAGCACGGCAGUUGGCAUCUUUUCAGUUCUGCUCGUGUUCAUCUCCGCCGUCGCCAACAUGUUCACCUGCAAUCACACCCCGAUAAGGACCUGCGCGGCCCGGAUGCUGAAUUUAACCCCAGCGGAUGUCACCGCCUGCCACCUACAACAGCUCAAUUACUCUCUAGGACUGGAUGCUCCCCUGUGUGAGGGCACCGCACCCACCUGCAGCUUCCCUGAGUACCUCGUCGGGACCAUGCUGCUGAGUCUCUUGGCCAGCUCUGUCUUCCUGCACAUCAGCAGCAUCGGCAAGCUGGCUAUGACCUUUGUCUUGGGCUUCGUCUAUUUGGUGCUGCUCUUGCUGGGACCCCCGGCCACCAUAUUUGAUAACUAUGACCUGCUGCUUGGCGUCCAUGGCUUGGCUUCCUCCAAUGAGACCUUUGAUGGGCUGGACUGCCCAGCUGUAGGGAGGGUGGCCCUCAAAUAUAUGACCCCCGUGAUUCUGCUGGUUUUUGCCCUGGCCCUGUAUCUGCACGCACAGCAGGUGGAAUCAACCGCCCGCCUGGACUUCCUCUGGAAACUCCAGGCCACAGGGGAGAAGGAGGAGAUGGAGGAGCUUCAGGCCUACAACCGGCGCCUGCUGCACAACAUUCUGCCCAAGGACGUGGCCGCCCACUUCCUGGCCCGCGAGCGCCGCAACGAUGAGCUCUACUACCAGUCCUGCGAGUGUGUGGCUGUCAUGUUCGCCUCCAUUGCCAACUUCUCCGAAUUCUAUGUGGAGCUGGAGGCCAACAACGAGGGCGUCGAGUGCCUGCGGCUGCUCAAUGAGAUCAUCGCCGACUUUGAUGAGAUCAUCAGUGAGGAGAGGUUCCAGCAGCUGGAGAAGAUCAAGACCAUCGGCAGCACCUACAUGGCCGCCUCUGGGCUGAACGCCAGCACCUAUGAUCAGGUGGGCCGCUCCCACAUCACCGCCCUGGCAGACUACGCCAUGCGGCUCAUGGAGCAGAUGAAGCACAUCAAUGAACACUCCUUCAAUAAUUUCCAGAUGAAGAUCGGGUUGAACAUGGGUCCAGUUGUGGCAGGUGUCAUUGGGGCCCGGAAGCCACAGUAUGACAUCUGGGGAAAUACAGUGAAUGUCUCCAGUCGUAUGGACAGCACUGGGGUUCCUGACCGAAUACAGGUGACCACGGACCUUUACCAGGUUCUAGCUGCCAAGGGCUACCAACUGGAGUGUCGAGGGGUGGUCAAGGUGAAGGGUAAGGGGGAGAUGACCACCUACUUCCUCAAUGGAGGUCCCAGCAGUUAGCAGAGCGCAGCUGAGAUUCAGCUGAAGGGACCAAGGUGGGCAUUGAACGGACUUUCUGCUCGCUGGGUGGAGCUGCCGCAGGGGCCACUGGGCCUCCCCAGAUCUUGCUGACGGCAAAAGGGACCACCGCGGUGGGCUGUGCUCCGACCAUGUUCGUCUGCCUUCGAAAUGGCGAAGGAGGGGACACCAAGAGGAUUAUCCAAGUGACUUUCUGAACUGGAGUAGGGGCCGUUUGCUGUCCUCGUUUGCGGAAACAGCGGAGGGGGCGGCAGCGGCGGCAGAGGCCAGGUAGCCCUCCUGCGUGAGAGUCCAAUGGCAGUUCACUCUACCUGCUGUUUCCCUGUCUGGGCGACAGGCUCAGGGCUGGGUCAUCCCUUCCCCUGUUUUUCCUGGGACUAUUUUGUACGAAGACCGGGGCGGGCAUGAGGAAUGCCUGUUCCAUGCUUGCCUUUGCUCGGCUGUGCCCUCAGCACGGGUCCUGGGCACUCCCAGCCCCAGCCAAGUCUCCUUCCUAGGCACAAGGCAGAGGAAGGAGGUACUGUGGGGACCCAGCUCUGACCACAUUUCAGGGGAAUGUUUCCAUUUGCCAAAUCCUAGUCCCGUGAUCUGUCCCCAAAGGGGAACAAAGGGACCUCUGAUAACGCAGACUUAGCCUCAGUUCCUGCACGCUCCAGGGAAAGGGGUAUCUGGCCCCAUUGGUACUGUGAAAAUGACCAGCCAGAGUGUAAACCCGUGUGUGUGGGGACAUCGGAAGAGCAGGAACUGGACGUUCACCUGCAGGUGCCGGAGAGUACGGGCGGCCAGGGAAGAAGGAUAGCGCCACACUGACCUGGCCCCAGUGUGGCCAGGGUCAGCUCCCUCGGCCCGAGUGCUCACUUGCUGUCUGCUGGCAAGGGGGCAUGGAGCGCCUCUACCCCUUAUAUUGCCAAAUAGAAAAGAGUCAGGGUUCCAAGAAAUUGGUGACCCUGACCUCAAACCUGGCCUCCUCCUGAGUCUGGCACCAGGGAGGGCCUGUGCAUUUGUGUAGCUGUGUGUGCAUGUUGCUUUUGUGUGUGUGUGUUUUCUAGGUCUCUGUGUGUCCGUGUGCUCCAGCUCCUCAGCUCCCUGCGUGGGGCUGCCUCUCUCCUGGGGACCUCUGCCUUCUGUUGUUGUCAGGGUUUCCUGUUUCAAGGGAUGGAGGGAAAUGCCCAGGUUGCGCAGGAAUGGGAUGGGGUUUGGAAGCAAAAUGAAGAGCCGUCUGGGAAGAGGAGUCCUUUUUGUGCCAAAUCCCUAAGUGCCAUUCGGGGGCCACAUGUGCAGUCUGACUGUCUCCCUGCCUAGGGCAGGGGCCCAAGCACCUGCUUAACGUCUAGUGUUCCUUGCACUUGAACUCUUGAAAGUUGAUGAGGUGGAGGCUCAGGCACUCCCUGGGUCCCUCAGCUUGUGUCUUGGGGUAUGGUAUACUUUCUGGCUGGGGUAGUGUGGGAUCCCUCUGAGGACCCAGAUUUUGGUACUAGGGGAUGGAGCUGGGAAAUUUAAACUCGGUUCUCCCAAGCCUUCAGCCUGAAUCUAGCAUGGCCAGACUCCAGGCCUGGCUUCCCAUCCUCACGAAGCCUGCAAGGGUUGGACUCUGUUCUUCUCUUUCUGUCCUGCCUGCCUUUGACCCCUGCAGCCCCCUGGACCCUGGGCUGAAUUAGUUGGUGCCUUGGUUGUCUGUCUGAACCUAUUUAAGCCAGAGUCCUGAUUGAAGAUCACUUUGUCUUAGACGCCGACGAGAGGGCAGAGCAGAAAGCGUUUCGUGGGGGUAUGGAAGGGGCAGGCUUUGCCUUGCUCAUGCUCCUGGCACCAGCUCUCUGCAGAGGCCUGGUUUCUGACCUGGUACUGCCUCCCUGGGAACUUCCAUGUUCCAGUUGAUGGACCACUGGGCACUUGAUUAGCUGAGGCUGAGAAGAGAGAAGAUUAGCUGGUCCAGACAGAAUAUUCCUCCGUCUCCCCAAGCUGUAUUCCCGGAUAGGAAGGGACGACUUGAUGUCAUCGGGGUGGGAGUGAGUAAGCCAGAAUGGGAAGAGCUCAGCUUUGGGUGAUAUGUCUGCUUCUUGCCAGGGGGAGGGGCCUGUCCACACCCUGGCUCCCUGUACCACAGUGCCAGCCAUGGCCUUCCUGAGUCACCCACCGUUGCCCCUUUCCUCACUGGUUGGUGGAGGUGUUGGGGUAACGGGAGGCCAUGGGCUUUGGUUUUAUAAAUGUAACCACUGUGGGAGUGGGGGAGGGUGGUGUACCAUGUAUUUCAGUGAAAUAUUUAAUAUAUUUAAAUAUCAAUAAAAUCAAACUCUUUGUAAAAAAAAAAAA